GAGGUCUGGGGUAGCUCGCGGGGCCUUGGCUAUCAUUCUCCUUUCCCAAAUCGUGUAUAAUUGGCAGCGGCCCUGAGAUACGGUAAUAUGGCUGUCAAACAACCAUUAAUUGAAAUUAAGCUAACACAAUGGCAAAGAAAGUGGCUUUAAUCACAGGGGGCGCCUCGGGCAUGGGCCUCGAGACCGCCAAAGUUCUACAAGCAACUGGCAACUGGAAGCUUCAUCUAUUCGACCUCAACCCCAAGGCUGGCGAGGCAGCCCUGCAGAGUGUCCCUGGUGCAGAGUUCCACCAGGUCAAUGUCACAGACUACGAGUCCCUGUCCAAGGCCUUCCAAAAGGUGUUUGACGCCGAAGGCUGUCUUGACUUUGUCUUUGCCAACGCCGGCAUUGUUGAGCGCCACUCGUUCUACGAAAAGGCAGAGACAAAGGGCAGCGAGCCGCCGCCUGCGCCCAACAUGGCCACGCUCGACGUCAACAUGAACGCUGUGGUGACAACCACGUAUCUGGCCAUGCACUACAUGCGCCUGAGCCCCCACAAGGGAAAGAAUGCCACGAUUGUCGCGACAGCCAGCUGUGGUGGCCUGUAUCCCAGCCAGUAUACGCCCGUGUAUGCCGCGUCCAAAGCCGGUGUCGUCAACCUCGUGCGCAGUUUAGCCUUUCCCCUGCACCACAACGACGGCAUUAAGAUCCACGCCAUCUGUCCCGGCACCGUGAGGACAAACUUGCUCCUCGACUCAGAAUGGAACACGUUUCCCGACAAGUACUUUACGCCGGUGGACAAGAUUGCUUCGACUGUCAAGAUGCUGGCGGACGGUGGUGCCAUGCAAGACGUGACGGGGAGAAAGGUGGCUGCUGGCGAGGAUUAUGGCCUUGCCGUGGAGAUUCACGGUACGAAGCACUACUUUAGGGACCAUGUGCCGUUCUGUGACGAUGAUAUGAGGAGUAUCAUGAUGGCCACGAGUAUGGAGAACCAGCAGAAGGCUUUCGACGAGGUGAAGAAGAGGAGCACACGUGCCAGUGCCGAGCACGUGGAAACGAGGGUGGCAGCGUGAGGCGGUGACGCGUGGCAAAGCUUAUCAGGGUGUCCCAUGAAAGUCAAUGUGAUGUAAGAACUAGGUUCGAGGCUCAAUGAGAUUAUGUCGAAGCUUGUGCGUGGAUCCUUGAAUUUUGAAGCCUAGCGCCUGAGUCUGAGUAAACCACGACGCAUUGAGCUUCCAACAAAGCUUGCCACAGACCGUUGGGGCCACGUGGAUGGGCAACCCAAGCCGUGCGAUGCAGAGGACAGAGUUACACU